UGCGGGCCAGGCCCGGCGGGUCGCGUAGAGAAGAUGGAGCAAUCAGGAUUCGGCAGUCCCGACCCCAGCACAUGAAUCCCAGUUCAACGCACAUUGGCAUGUUCGGCUUCUUCAACCGUCUCCACUCGUCUAGUCGCUCCCAUGGAACUCCCACUCCGCCAGACACGUCUCCGAACACGGCAACUCCUACUCAUAGAGGCCCAAACAUUAAUCCAGUCCGCUACCAAAGACGCAUCGCAAGAAGAAAUCGGCAAUGGCUCGCCCGCUGCAAGCCCCGACAUCACCCUUCUCCCCUCCCGCCUGCUCCGCUCGCAUACCAAGCUCUCCAAGGAAGAACACGCUCUCCUCCUUCUCAAGCAAGCUCGCCUCCAAGCGGCCAUCCUCGCGCCCCCCACCGACGUCUCCAUAUCAGGGAUAGCAGCAACCCUCAUCUUUGCCCAAGCCGAAGCCGGCACGGCCGUGUGUAUCCAUGAGUCCGGCCUGCUCCUCACCUGCGCCCACUGCAUCGCCGAUACCGAGGUCGAGCUCGACGUCUCCAAAUCGCACCUGCUCCUCUUCGCCUCCGGCACGGUUGUUCUUGCCCAGUGUGCAGUCUGGGACCCCAAGCGCGAUCUAGCGUUGCUCAAAAUCACGGCCGCCCAGCGCCCGCUGCAGGAUGACUCAAGCCUGGCCUCUCAGCACUGGCAGUUCCCCGCGCUUGGACUCGCGGACCGAUCCCCGAAGGUGGGCACGAAGCUCGUCUGCAUCGGCCAGCCCGGGAGCGAGGAUCUGGAAUGUGAAGAGGCGGGCGUGGAGACGGGGUAUGAAGUGCUGUGUGCCAGCGAGGGGAGAUUUGAGGGCUAUGCGGACGGCCAAGACGUGCAGGAUAAUGAGGAGAUUGGGGCGUUGAUGCACAGUUGCUGGACGUAUUGGGGCCAUAGCGGGGCGCCGUUGGUGCAGAGGACGGCACAGGGAGAGGUGUUGGUGGGCGUGCAUAGCUCAUGGGACGAGGAGACGGCGAUGAGGAGAGGGGUUGGGAUUGAGGCGAUUCGGGAGUUUCUAAGAGGAAAGAUUGGCUUGGAGACUGGGGUGAGCCCAGGCUAAUGUUUCUAGUUUACAGCCACGACCUCACCUAGCAACUAAGCAAGCAAGCGCCCAUCGAGGCACUGCAUUCGUCUAACCUCAAACCUAUAACGACGCCCCAACC